CAUCCCCACACCCAACCUUCAACAACCCAUAGAGCCAUUCUCUUCAAUUCAAUUCUUCUUCUUCAAUUCUUGUUUCUCUCUUUAAUUGCACAUUAAUUACCCAACACACACGCUAUAUACCUUCAUUUUGGGCGUGCGAUGGGUGGCGUAUUACACCAUAAUUUCUCUUUUGCAAAAAUAGCCACUUUAACUUUCCUUUUGCUUACUCCACUUGUUUCUGCUUUUCGGAUAAAUCCCACUACAACACUCCGUGGUAGUGAGUCAGAUGUAAUUGAACGAGUUGUGACUCAAAGAAAACUGAGUGGACCGGGUUCAUCACCACCCACCUGCAGAUCCAAAUGUGGAUGGUGUUCGCCGUGUAAACCGGUUCGGGUUUCGGUUCAACCCGGUUUUAGUUUCACUUUAGAGUACUACCCCGAAGCGUGGAGGUGCAAGUGUGGAAAUAAUCUAUUCAUGCCUUAAAAAAAUCACUUAAAUAGUUAGUACAUUACUUUUUUUUUUACUUUUGUAUUUAAUUGUUUAACUAUGUACUAGUUAAUUAAUUAUUCUAUAAUUGUCUGAAUUAGACUCUUUUUUUUUUAGUUAUAAUUUGUAAAGUUAAUUUUUGCUCUGUGAAAAGAUAAAAAGGAAAAGUGGAAAGAAGUAUUUUGUUGUGUAGUUGUACCACUGAU